ACACUGAUAACAAUUAAUCGUAAUUCACUAUAAGAGAUUUGUAAAUUUUUAAAUAAGAAUUAAAAUUAUUAUUUUUUAUCAAAAUUGUGAGAAAAAAUGGCAUUUCUUAGUCCAUUCUUUAGGAACCCGAUUACCGAUUUCACUGGCCCAUUGAUGUCUGCUCAAACGGGUUUACGCUGUGCAGAAUUUGAAAUGCAAAUGAUGAAUUGUUACGAAGCUUAUGGUUAUCCAAAAGGAAUUGAAUCUUGCCAAGCAUAUUAUGAUGAUUUCAAAGAAUGUUGUACUAGAGAGAAACAGAUGACUAGAGUAGUUGCUAUUCAAACUGAACGAGAUCGCCAAGCUAAAACAGUAUAUGAAAAACCACCAGCUAUGCACACACUUUAAAAAUAUAACAUGCAUGUUUUUAAUUAAGUUAAAUAAUUAUAACAGAUUAGAGUCAAUAAAUAUUGAAAAUAAAAUUAUUUUAAUUGAAAUAGUUAAGUUUUAAUUCAAACAUGUGUAAAUAUAGUACAGUUGUAAUGUUUAAAAACAGUUAUAACAAAAAAAAUGAGGAUAAAUUAA